AUGCGGAAAAAGUCAACACGGGUCAACAGUCAGUUGUUUUGUGAUUCGUGUUUCGUGUCUGUACUCUGGAUCUUGUGACCAAGCAGGAAGAAGGUUCAAAAGUCCGACCGCAACUCAAUUUCUGCUGCGGUUAGAGCUUAAGACUGUCCGAAAAUUGACGCCAGCCUCUCACCACCAUGGCCUUCUUGAAGUUUGCAAUGGCCUGCUGCGUGGCCGCCGCUAUCUGCGCCCUUGCCGAGGCCCAAACUCCUCCUCAGCCUACUCCCACAGAUGAAUGCCCAAAGCAGAAGGACUGCGCGUCUUGUGUGUCCUUAAAGUGCACCUGGACUGUAGAUGAAGGGAAAAAGCAGGCCUGCGUAUUGAAGGUGAUGAACUUAAAUGAGAUAGCCUCGCAGUUGACUAAAGCAGAGGAGUGUCCGUGGCUGGACACAUGCAUGAAGAUCAAGGACUGCAAGUCGUGCACUGGCACCACCUACAAGAGCAACUCGACUUGCCUUUUCGACACUUCUGUUACUCUCUGCUCAUUCAGCAUUACUCAUAGCAAGGACAUGCAAAAAGUUGUCACCAAUCCAGUUGAUUGCGAGGCGAUCACAACCACACCUGCUCCCACAACUACAAGCACUACCAGCACCUCGACAACAACCUCCACCACAUCGACAACUCCCUCUACCACUAGCACGUCCACCACAACCACCACACCUACCCCAAGCACCACGACCACCACUGCUGCUCCGUCAACUACGGCUAGUCCUCCAGUGGUGCCUGGACGCAAGUUUGAUGCCCCUAGCUUCAUUGGAGGCAUAGUGCUGGCCCUAGGGUGCAUGGCCAUUUCGUUUGUUGCCUGGAAGUUCUACAAGGCGCGCACCGAGCGCAACUACCACACUCUGUGAUAGCAUUAGGAAGGGAAGAGUCAAUGAGCUGUUAAUCGUUUGCCAUUUCAGCGCACCGUCCAGUGGCAUUCCUUUGGAUCAAUAUGUAAAGUAAUUAAAGAAAGAAAUCUCUAUUAUUUUGAUCUGUAACUCUACUUCGUGUCUGUCUGUGCCGCUUUUAUUGAAAUGCAAUAUACAAUAAUUAUAUUCGUACACUUGAACUAUAGCAUAAUAGAUUGUUUAGAGUGGCUUUUCAAUCACUAACUUCUCAGUCUUGAACAUCUGGCUGAUCAGCGCCUGCGAAACAAGAAAUUUGAAAAUUGUAAACAAAAACUUGCUGCAUUCUUGUUAUUAAAAUUAAGUAAGGAAUUA